UCCAGGGAACUUGCCGGCCCGGGCCGGCGCCGGUGACCUCCGCUUUCCUCUCUUCUCAGUCUCCUCCUCCUCUUCUUCUAUUUGCUUGCUGCUGCAGCAGCUUCGCUCUCGCUCCACCCAGCAGCCAUGCCAGGGGACCAUGGCUCCAAGGUCGACAUCUCCUUCGCCAGCCGCUUCACCAGCAACGCCAUAGCAGCAUGCUUCGCCGAGGUAUGCACCAUCCCCCUCGACACGGUCAAGGUCAGGCUGCAGCUGCAGAAGAACGUCGCCGGAGUUGGGGACGCAGCGGCGCUCCCCAAGUACCGCGGCCUGCUCGGCACCGCCACCACCAUCGCCAGGGAGGAAGGGGCCGCCGCGCUCUGGAAGGGAGUCGUCCCGGGGCUACACCGACAGCGCGUCUACGGAGGACUCCGCCUUGGACUAUACGAGCCUGUCAAAUCCUUGUACGUCGGCCAAGACCAUGCUGGGGAUGUGCCCCUCUCCAAGAAGAUUGCCGCUGGCUUCACCACUGGCGCCAUCGCUAUCAGCGUCGCCAACCCCACUGAUCUUGUCAAGGUCAGGCUCCAGGCCGAGGGCAAGCUUGCGCCUGGCAUGCCACACCGCUACGCUGGCGCCAUGGACGCUUACGCAAAGAUUGCUACCCAGGAAGGGGUUGCCGCUCUGUGGACCGGCCUGGGGCCAAACGUAGCACGCAACGCUUUCAUCAACGCUGCUGAGUUGGCCAGCUAUGAUCAAGUCAAGCAGACGAUUUUGAAACUCCCUGGAUUCAAAGAUGAUGUGAUCACCCACCUAUUUGCUGGUCUCGGUGCGGGCUUCUUUGCUGUCUGUGUUGGUUCUCCGGUUGACGUGGUUAAGUCAAGAAUGAUGGGUGACAGCCUUUAUAAAAGCACUCUUGACUGUUUUGUGAAGACACUAAAGAAUGAUGGACCCCUCGCAUUUUACAAAGGCUUCCUCCCAAACUUUGCUAGACUGGGUUCAUGGAAUGUCAUUAUGUUCUUGACAUUGGAACAGGUACAAAAGAUGAUUGUGAGGAAACCGGCAAGCUGAAGAUAAGGCUUUUGCAGUCGGGUGGCGAACAAGGAGAAAUCUGACACCUCAAUUGUGAGAAUAAAUAGCAUGGGGGUAUUUGCAUGAUCCCCGGACAAAUAAUAUUCAGAAGUAGCAAACAGCUGUUAUUAAUGUUUUGUGUCAUCUCUGCACUUUGCUUUUACUUUUAUGGAAAUUGCUGGGAAUGAUGAUCAAAUUGCUUGGUACUGUUGGGGAUGGAACUUGGUGUGCUCUCUGAAGUGCUUGGUACUUUUAUGAGAUGGUCUGAUGGAUUGAUCAUGUGCAAAUAGAUGUUGGU